AUGAAGGUGGUGACAGUGUUGAGGAGAGGAGGGGAUAGGGGUAAUUCGGGGAUUUUAAAUUUCCAGGGCAAAAGAGAAGUAAAAGUUUGCCAUUAUGGGGGAGUUGUUAUUGCUGCCUUUGCCAACUUCUAUGGAGAUUGCACCAAUUCCAUUGUUGAGCUUAGGGCGUUGAGUGAUGGGCUAAAGCUGUGCUCGAGUUUGGGGUUUAGGGAGUUCCAUGUCAACACUGACUCUGCGGCUACAGUGCUUUGCAUUUCAAAAAGAAAAUGUGGUUUUUGGAAAGGAUGGUACUGGUUUCAGGAAGUUUUGGAGUUGAUUGACUCCCUUAAACCAAUGAUUUCUUUCACAUACCGUGAAGGUAAUAGGGCAGCGGACUACCUUGCAAAUCUGGCUUGUGAGUUGGCAUCUGACUCGUUGUUUCAUGGAGUAACUAGUUUACCUAAGGAUCUUCGAUGGCUUUCUUGCGAGGAUGCUAGUGGUCUUCCAGUGUUAAGAGUGUAA